UGGAACGAGUAGUGAGGAUAGCGAGAGAGGAAAAAAAAGCCCUCUAAAUAUUUUCAAAUCUUCAGUCAGAUUCAAAGCGGGAGCAUUUGUCAAGUUGGAAGUGACGGACCCGCUCCUUUUGCCCCUGUCCAUUCCUAACACUGGAUAUAUGCGAGAGCCGAGUGAGAGGCAGCACUUCAGAGACAGCAAGCCAGGAUGAGGUAUCCCGUUCAUCAUCCGUUCCUUCUCGUUCUGCUUCAGUGUUUCCUUCACACGAGAGACCUUCUUUAGGAGACGAGACUCAGUAUCCCUGCUCAAACCCUUUAAAAUGGGCAAGUCACAUGUUACGGCUGGCCCCUCUGCUUCAGGUCACCUCUCGUGAGGAUCAUCUGGGAAGAACACUGGAAUUAAGAGACAAGGCAGCAGGACAAACACUUGCUGAUAAUUUGGCUGAUCCACAGAGGGUAAAUCCAUUGCGGCUGUUUGUGAAGGAGAGUCCCAAACUGAAACAGGACAUCACUGAUACUUCCCGUAUUAAAGCUUCAAAUGACUUAUGGGCAUGGUUAAACAACCUAACAGAUAUUCAGGAAUCCCAUUCACGGACCAAGCGCAGACCCAUUGUUAAAACAGGAAAAUUCAAGAAAAUGUUUGGGUGGGGAGACUUCCAUUCCAACAUCAAAACAGUUAAAUUGAAUCUUCUCAUUACUGGGAAGAUAGUUGACCACGGGAACGGGACUUUCAGCGUUUACUUUAGACACAACUCGACUGGUCUUGGGAAUGUAUCUGUAAGCCUGGUUCCACCAUCCAAGGUCGUGGAGUUUGACUUCUCCCAGCAGUCAACACUGGAGACCAAGGAGUCCAAAACAUUCAACUGUCGAAUCGAGUAUGAGAAAACAGACAGAGCGAAGAAGACUGCACUAUGUAAUUAUGAUCCUUCAAAGAUAUGCUAUCAGGAACAGACCCAAAGUCAUGUUUCCUGGUUAUGUUCCAAACCAUUCAAGGUUAUAUGCAUAUAUAUAGCUUUCUACAGUGUAGAUUAUAAACUUGUGCAGAAGGUUUGCCCCGAUUACAACUAUCAUAGUGAAACCCCUUAUUAUUCAUCUGGUUAACAGAAUACCCGUGGCUUAUGUUAUGUGAAGACCACCCCUCUGUAUGUAACUUAUUUAUACAUAGUCAAUGUCAUGGAAUAAUAAUGAUAGUAAAUGUUUAAGACAGGUGCAUCUGGUUUGAUGCAGCUGUUACCCCAAAGGGAGCAUCUGAU